UGGGUUGGGAUUGAAGGCUUCUUAUCUUGCCUUCUAUAGAUUCCUUCCUCCAGGCUUUUUGUUUUUCAGGAUUGUUGUAACAGUGAAGCUGCUACUGUGAUAAUGGAUUCAUGUUCUGCAACCUUCAAGGCCAAUGCUCCUGUGGUGCAAGCUGGCAAAAGAGGUUUCAGUGAUGGACGUCAUGGUUUCUGGGGAGAGAGGAUUAGGGGGAGUUUUAAGAACGGGGUUUGGGAUUUCAAUCUUACGAAGAGUUUGAGGACUGCAAAUGGGGGUAGAAAGAUCGAAGCUGGUGUUGCUUACUCUGUUCUUACAACCGAUGUCAACAAGGAGGCUAUGUGUCAGACCUUUCAAGCACCGAUAUUUGGGAAGCCGAAGGCAGAACCCAAGAACGUAGCUUCGAUUAUAUUGGGUGGAGGGGCCGGGACUCGUCUCUUUCCUCUUACAAGCACAAGAGCGAAGCCAGCUGUUCCUAUUGGAGGAUGUUACAGGCUUAUCGAUGUCCCUAUGAGCAAUUGCAUAAACAGUGGCAUCAACAAGAUUUUCAUCAUGACCCAAUUUAACUCUGCCUCCCUCAAUCGUCACAUUGCUCGCACAUAUAAUUUUGGGAAUGGCGUGAACUUCGGGGAUGGUUUUGUUGAGGUUCUUGCUGCCACUCAAACACCAGGAGAAACAGGAAAGAAGUGGUUUCAAGGAACAGCUGAUGCUGUAAGGCAAUUUACAUGGGUCUUUGAGGAUGCCAAAACCAAGAAUGUUGAGAAUAUUUUGAUAUUGUCUGGUGACCAUCUGUAUAGGAUGGAUUAUAUGGACUUUGUGCAGAAGCAUAUUGACACAAAUGCUGAUAUUACAGUUUCAUGUAUUCCCAUGAAUGACAGCCGUGCAUCAGAUUAUGGGUUGAUGAAGAUCGAUAAGUCUGGACGGAUUAUCCAAUUUGCCGAGAAACCUAAGGGUUUUGACCUAAAAGCAAUGCAAGUUGACACCACUAUCCUUGGGUUGACUCAACAAGAAGCCAUGGAAUCUCCUUACAUUGCAUCAAUGGGCGUCUAUGUAUUCAGAACAGAGGUUCUACUUAAGCUUUUGACAUGGAAAUAUCCCAUGUGCAAUGACUUUGGAUCUGAAAUCAUUCCAUCAGCUGUGAAGGAGCACAAUGUCCAAACAUAUUUAUUCAAUGACUAUUGGGAGGACAUUGGAACAAUCAAAUCGUUCUUUGAUGCUAACUUGGCCCUCACAGAACAGCCGCCGAAGUUUGAGUUCUAUGACCCAAAGACACCUUUCUUCACAUCACCUCGGUUCUUGCCACCUACCAAAGUUGACAAAUGCCGGAUUUUGAAUGCAAUAAUUUCUCAUGGGUGCUUCUUGAGGGAAUGCAGCGUGCAAAACUCUAUAGUAGGGGUGCGCUCACGUUUAGAGCAUGGAGUUGAACUUCAGGAAACUAUGAUGAUGGGUGCAGACUAUUACCAAACUGAAUCUGAAAUUGCAUCUAUGCUGGCAGAGGGAAAGGUUCCAAUUGGUGUUGGACAGAAUACCAAGAUCCGGAACUGCAUAAUCGAUAAGAAUGCCAAGAUAGGAAGAGAUGUCGUUAUUGCGAACAAAGAUGGUGUUCAAGAAGCAGAUAGGCCAAAUGAAGGAUUCUACAUUAGGUCUGGUAUCACUGUUAUAGUGAAGAAUGCAACCAUUGCAAAUGGCACAAUCAUUUAAAGUCUUCAACAUCCACGUGCAUUUUCUCAUUGAAGAUGAGCUUGGAGUGGAAGAAUGGAGCUGCUGGAGGAAGAUAGGAGGUUAUCAGCUUUAUGACACUUUGGAAUAAGAUGGAUGCUGCACCACUCGUGUAUAUAAU